ACUGGUUCUACAACAUUUGGUGGAACAUAAGAUAAUUGCCGCGAUAAAUGUAAGGAUUUAUAUGAGGAACUUAAUAAUCAUUUAUGCUCUUAAUAAUAAGCCCAAUUGAAAGUACAGAGCUACAGAGAUGGUUUGAUAAAUGACAAACCAUCGCUCAGUGCAUAGUGCAUCUUUAUGAGCGUCUCUUUGUUCCCACUAUUAUACGAUGGAAACUGUCAUAAAAUCAUUAUCUUUGUCAAAGGCAAUAUUUAAUAAUUCUACAGUAUUUAAUAUCCGAUAUAUCCACACAAUAAUCACAGAGCAGAAAGAGGCAUGAAGGAAGAGAAAUGCCAUCCUUUGUCAUAUGACUGUCCAUAAUGUAUUAGUAACAGACAGGAAGAGGUCAAGGAAAUUAUAAAUUCCUUGACAUAGAAUUAAGUAUCAUUUUGAAAUACCAUAGGAAAAGUUAUUACAUUUUUACUUAUAAAGAAAGAAACGACAGCGGCAGCACGUGAGACAGAUAUCACUGGAAGAGAACACGAACAAUUGAAGUCUCAAUCUUUACACGCUGCGUUUGCCAAGAUAUUUCUGGUUUACCACGACAAGAAGGGAAUGAAUUUCAGAAAUGUAAAUCUUUUAAACAGUCGAGUGAACAUGCUCUCGGGGAAUUUAUUACCGGUAGCAGCUAAUAAUUCGCAGUUCUCGGCGAUCUGUCGUACUUACAGCAUCGCCGUGUGGUUAAUAGAAUUGAUUCACACAAUCGCGUUGAUCGCCGGAGUUAUCUUGUCACCGAAUGGAACGGACGGCACUAUUGCCAUCGUGGUCACCGUGGAGGCGUCUUUCAUGCUUACGCGUCUUUAUUCACGCAAGAAGCUGAUGGAUAAAAUAAUCCAAGGCAUGAAUGAUAUCUUGCAAAAUGCGGACGAGAUUAUGAAAGACAUCAUAAAAUCGGCCCUGAAGCCCAUAAUAAUGCCGUUUGUAAUAUAUGGAGUGACCAGUGUGAUAUCUGUCACGAUAUGGACCGUACAGCCAAUCGUAUUGGUCUUCGAGAAAUCCACCUUUUUCUAUACAGAUUACAAUUUGCCAGCCGCUUUCGGCGCUGAGCCGUUCUCCAGCCGCGUGCUGAUUCCUUCGACAAUUAUUAUGACAAUUGGCAGCGUUUAUCUGUUUCUUAAAAAAUUCGGCGUGGACGUGUACAUGAUGCAUUUGGUGUUGAUGUUAACGGCGCAAUAUCGAUACGUGGCGGUGAAGCUCACGAUACUAUUUCGGGAUCUACAGAAUUGUGACGAAUCUGAAAAGAAACAUCGCCCUAUCGAGAAUCAAUGGGUCGAAAGAGAAUUAAGAAAAUUAUGCCAGCACCAGAAUACUGUUUUAAACAUGUCAUUUAUAUUAAAGGAACUUCUAUCGGUAAACUUUAGCCUACUCUAUAUCAACAACGUGUUUCGAUUCUGUUUCAUUGGUAUUUUACUAAGCUCAGUACCAUCAAUGACUCUUGCAGAAGGAGUUUCAGUCAUCUCAUUUGCACUUGGUUCCCUAACGCAAUUCUUUCUGUUGUGUUCUUCUGUACAAACAUUAUCGGAUGCAAGCACCGAAGUAACAGAUAAAGCAUUUGAUGAAGGCUGGUAUCAAUUUAGACCAUCAAUCAAACGUACAUUUAUAUUAUUGAUAUUGGCAAACAAUCUUGAAUGCAAAAUUGCAACAAUUGGAAAAUUCAACUUAUCUUUGCCUUCAUUUAUGACGAUCAUGAACCAAUCAUAUUCAAUCGCUCUCCUGUUUUUAAGAGCAAAAUGAAAAAUCAUAUUAUGCACGCAAUAAAAUUUAAUGAUGUAAGGUAGAAGAUAGUUACUUGUGAGGUAGAAGAUAGUUACUUGUGAGACAAAGAAAAUUGAGACUAAUAUUUUAAAGACUAAGCACAUAAAUAAAUUUGUUUUACAUAACAACAUAAAAAUUACUGUAAAAAUAAUAAUGAACUACAAUACAUGGAAACAUGAUGUUGCUAAAAGACUAGUUCUUUGUCUCCUAUUGCUAUCUUUUUUAUUAUUCUCACAAUAGAAAAUAACCAAAUAACUGAGUUAAAGAUUUAAAAUAUUUAUAAUAUCUGUGACACUUACUUUAAUUUAACAAAAAGUAUCAGCA